AUGAAAAACCCUUUCAUCAGCAAUACGCCAUCAUCUUCGCCAAUUAAGCCUAAAACGAAAAGCGGAACCAGGGUUCGCAAGCCCGAUAAUGCUUCGUCGUCUUCUCAUUCAUCGGUCCACUCUUCACCUGUGCGAAGACCUCGAUCUAACAAUGGAGGAUUCACCGACAGAUAUUUACCAAAGAGGACUGAUAUGGAUUUGAAAUCUGUAAUAUCCCUUGGUUCUUCAAGCCUUCCCAAUUUUCUACCAUCAAAUUCAGAUGACCAGAUUGAAUAUCGGCGGGAGCAAGAGGCGCACGAAACUUUUGAUGCCAUCUUGAAGAACGAAAUAUUCGGCGAGAAACUAUCCAAUAACCCAAUCGAACCUGAAGAUAGCAUAGAAAGGAUAAAAUCUACACCUUCAGCCCCGUAUUACGAGCCUACCACGCCACCAAGUUCGCAUCACGCCAUUGAUAGAGAUUCCCUACUUUCACCAACGCAGAGCCCGGCGAACCCGCGGAGACUCACCUACGAUCAUCACCAGAAGCCAAGCAGUAGCACAACGAGAGGUGCGAGUCUCUUGACAUACUCGGAGAAACGGGCAUCCAGACCAUCAACCGCAUCUCUGAUACAAAAUCAAUAUUCAAGCUCUACAUCGCCCGUACGACCGGACUCUAAGAGGCUACUUCUGCUUCCAACUAAGAAGACCCGCCAGAUAGCGAAAAUUCCGUACAGGGUACUUGAUGCACCUUCAUUGGCGGACGACUUUUACUAUGACCUUGUCGAUUGGUCUAGCACGGAUAUAUUGGCGGUUGCCCUGGGGAAAUCUAUAUUCCUGACUGACAACAAGAACAACGAAGUAGCGCAAUUAUCGAGCACAGAUGACGAGUAUACCAGCCUGAGCUGGGUGGGAGCCGGCUCCCAUUUGGCAGUCGGACAACUCGACGGACUCGUGAAGAUAUUUGACAUUGAAAAGAAGAAAUGUAUCAGAACCAUUCCAGGUCACAUAGAUCGAGUUGCCUGUCUCUCUUGGAACAAUCACGUGCUGAGCUCCGGUAGCAGAGAUCGUAGAAUAUUGCAUCGUGAUGUAAGGACUCCAGAGCCCUGCUUCGAAGAACUGCAUACCCAUACCCAGGAAGUUUGCGGGCUAAAAUGGAAUACAGAGGAAAACAAGCUUGCAUCUGGAGGAAAUGACAAUAUGGUUUUUGUUUACGAUGGGACUUCACGAGAUCCUUGCAUGAAAUUAUCUGAACACACUGCUGCUGUGAAGGCCAUUGCGUGGUCGCCGCACAGGCGGGGAAUCCUUGCUACGGGCGGGGGAACUGCUGAUAAGAGGCUGAAGAUUUGGAACGUUAGAACAGCCACAAAAAUGCACGAUGUUGAUACCUCGUCGCAAAUUUGCAAUAUGGUUUGGUCUAAAAACACCAAUGAAAUUGUUACCUCGCACGGGUUUUCGAAAUACAAUUUGACCCUAUGGGACGGGAACACUUUAGAUCCUAUAGCGGUUUUAAAGGGACACAGCUUUCGAGUACUGCAUAUGACCCUAUCGGCGGACGGAACGACUAUAGUUUCUGGAGCCGGAGAUGAAACCUUACGAUAUUGGAAACUUUUUGAGAAAACCAAGCCUCAAGUGCAACCAGCAUCUGCUUUGCUUAGCGCGUUCAACCAACUUAGAUAA